UUUCUCAAUUCCAACCCACCCCAACUUUCCAAAAUCCCCCAAGUUCACUUCCUUGUGCCUAAUUUAGCUGUGCAAGGAACAACAAUAUCACAAAUUUGCUAUCUUGGGAUUAAUCUAAAUUCUAAAACCACUACAAAAAGACCUUAUUUGAGUACAUUAUCUGUAGUUGUAAAACAUGGAGAAAAAAGCAGGAAAAGAAGAAGCAGAAGCAGUUGAGCUACUAGGAAAAACAGUGGAGAACAAGCAAAUCAUAUUCAAAGGAUACAUAGAAGGAAUACCAAAGGAAACUGACAUGGAGUUGAGAAUUGGAAAAAAGUUGAAGCUAGAGAAAGUCCCAAGAGGGUCAGGUGGUUUAUUGGUCAAGAAUUUGUAUUUAUCUUGUGACCCUUUUAUGCGUGGACGAAUGCGCAAUUUCACUGGAUCUUAUAUUCCUCCUUUCGUUCCUGGAGAGGUAAUUGAAGGAUUUGGUGUGUCCAAAGUUUUAGACUCAGAUAAUCCAGACUUCAAGCCAGGUGAUAUAAUCUCAGGGUUCACUGGUUGGGAAGAGUACAGCUUAAUUUACAAAACCGAGCAGCUGAGGAAAAUUCAGGCUGAUGAUAUACCUCUCUCAUAUCAUGUCGGUCUUCUUGGCAUGCCGGGUUUUACAGCGUAUGCUGGAUUUUAUGAGGUUUGCACACCUAAAAAAGGGGAAUAUGUUUUUGUAUCUGCUGCAUCAGGAGCAGUUGGCCAGCUUGUUGGCCAACUAGCUAAAUUACAUGGAUGCUAUGUUGUAGGAAGUGCCGGGUCAAAACAAAAGGUUGACAUAUUAAAAGAUAAGCUUGGAUUCGAUGGAGCAUUCAACUACAAGGAAGAAGCAGACCUUGAUAAAGCUCUUAAAAGACACUUUCCCGAGGGCAUCGACAUUUACUUUGACAACAUAGGUGGAUCCAUGCUAGAUGCGGCAUUGAUCAACAUGAGGAUUAACGGCCGAAUUGCCAUCUGUGGGAUGGUAUCUCAGCAAAGUCUUUCUGAUCCGCAAGGGAUACACAACUUGAUUCAACUCAUCACGAAGCGUGUUAAGAUGCAGGGCUUUCUCCAAAGUGAUUAUCUUCAUUUGUUUCCGCGCUUUCUUGAAGAUGUUACUAGUUUGUGCAAGCAGGGAAAGAUUACAUAUUUAGAAGACAUGAAUGAAGGCCUUGAGAGUGGUCCAUCUGCUUUUGUUGGGCUAUUUUCUGGAAAGAACAUAGGUAAACAGGUCAUCCGCGUGGCGCACGAUUGACCUUAAUCAGACCCCUCAUUUGUUCUAGAGAGAUAAAGAUAUUACUGCUACCUCCGAGCUUGACAAUCUUGUGUUCCAUUCUUUAUUUAACAACUAAAUAAAGGAACCAGGUUGUUUAGAUCUUUCUACUAGUCUUUUUUAUCAGGCAAGUCUUUUGUUCAUCUUUUUUUUUGUAUGUUCUUCAGAAAUAUGUUAAGAUUUAAGAUUGCAUUUAUAAAAAGAUACUAUUAUUUUUCUUGUA